AUGAGUCGCAUAUCUUACCGAAAUUCGUCCCAUCCGGUUUUGGGGCCUAGAAGUUUCCACUCGAGUCUGUACCUUUUGCAUGGGGAAAGGGUUUGGCGAGCGAGAUCGGGUUCGGGCCGGGCUAGUCGGAUGGAACGGGUUGGGCCGCGGGUCGGGAAACGGAGCCUGGAUAUGAAGACGAAAGAUGUUACUAGAGAACGAACUUUAGGUGAAGCUGGUGGGUCUAAGUCGAGCAAUGGUGCAGUCGAGUUAGCGACAGGUCCAGUGUACGUCCAAUCAAAGCUUGGACUUCUGCGUGCUUUUGGAGAAGAGAUUGGAGCUGUGAAGCCUGGUGGUGCAAUUAGAUAUGGCUCCUGGCAAAAAUAUUAUGAAUAA